AUGUUCGCCAAAUCCCUUGCGGCUGCUGCCAUCUUCGGCUUCUCCCUUGUCAACGCUCAUAUGAUCAUGACCAACCCCGUCCCCUACAGCAAGGAUUCUUUGAACAAUUCGCCUAUCUUGGCAGAUGGAAGCGACUUUCCUUGCAAGAAUCCUGGUUACACCGUCUCCACGGAAAACCACUUGACGAAGGGCCAGCCCUUCAACAUCGAGUUCCAAGGCAGUGCUACCCACGGUGGUGGCUCUUGCCAGAUCAGUAUCACCUCGGACCGAGCCCCUACAAAGGACACAAAGUGGAGCGUCAUCCAGUCAAUUGAGGGUGGCUGCAUGGAUGAAAGCGAAGGCAACAGUAACCAGGCCGGUGGUGCAGGCAUGAAAGCUGCAUUCUCGCCCAGCAUCACCAUUCCCGAUGAUUUCGAGGACGGCCAGUAUACUCUUGCCUGGACUUGGAUCAACCGCAUUGGAAACCGUGAAUUCUACAUGAACUGUGCCCCUGUUACUCUGAGUGGAGGUUCUUCUGCGAAGAGAUCGGAGGUGGCUACUGUCGAGAAGCGUGCCGGAGAUUACCCUGAUAUGUUCAUUGCCAACAUCAACGGCUGCAAGACCAAGGAGAACUACUCCCCACGCUUCCCUAACCCCGGAUCGAACGUUGAAUCUUUCAACGAGGCACACCUAAUCGGAGCGGACGAGGAUGUCUGCGACGGGGGAUCAUCACCGACCUGGGGAGACGCUGGCUUCAGCGACGGCACUAGCUCUGCGGAGCCUACCAUGGAAGGUGACUCUUCCGGAGCGUCUACCACCCCAACAGCUCCCACCGAUGCUGCUGCUCCCACCGAUGCUGCUGCUCCCACCGAUGCUGCUGCUCCCACCGAUGCUGCUGCUCCCACCGAUGCUGCUGCUCCCACCGAUGCUGCUCCCACCGAUGCUGCUCCUACCGAAUGGGCUCCUACCACUGUCGCCACUACGCCUGCAGUUAGCAUCGGAGGAGCCGUCGCGGUCCCCGACUUCACCGGUGCACCCGCAGCUGCGCAGACCACUGAGCCCGUGGCCGUUGUCCCUACUCCUUCCUCGACCUUCCAGUCUGUUGCUGCACCAACCGCCGCACCGACCUCUUCGCCCAGUACUGGUUCCACCUCCACUACUGGUGCCCUUUCUGGCUCCUGCACCGACGAAGGCUCCUGGAACUGCAUCGGAGGCUCAUCCUUCCAGCGCUGCGCCAACGGAGCCUGGACGCCUACUCAGAACAUGGCUGGCGGUACCGAGUGCACUCCCGGCCAGAACGUGAACUUCGCGGUCAAGGCUGUCAAGAUCAACUCUCGCAUGCAGAAGGAGAAGCGUUCCCGCCGACGCGCCCACGGCCACAUCAACAUCCACUCGUAA